UUGAUAAUUUGUUAUUUUGAGUAUUUUUCGGUAUGUGCCAGACGAAAUGCCUGUUGUGUAGCAGGGGAAGGAGAGGGAGGUUGGAUAAUAAAAACGAGAGGUAGCAGAGGAAGUGAAGCACAGAAACAGUUUGAUCGCACGCCAUCCAGCUCAAGACGUGAUGGCCGCCAUGGUCAUUGCGAUUGUUGUUAUUGUGAAAUGUUUGAACACUCUGCUUUAGAAACAGCUAGAGCUGGAAGGGUUCCCCAAAUCCGUGAACGGUUGCGUCAAAAAUUACAACGCCGCAAUGGACAAGAGGUCGGCACGAAAGGAAAAGAAUCUGCCUCAAGUGCAAGUAGCUGUAAGCCGCCAGCAAAAGUCCCAGUUAGCUCUGAUGCUCCGAUAGAAGUAAUACUUAAUUAUAUCAAUGAAAAGGAUAAUGCAGUUCCUCGAGCAGCAACAAACAAGGCAGCUAAGCGGGCACGACAAAAAUUACGCAAGCAGGAGGAAAAGGAGAGACUUGAAAUAGAAAGAAAAAGAAAGGAAGAAUUAAGAAAAGCAAAACAGGCAGAGGCCUUGGAAAAAAAGAAGGAACAACAGGCCGCUCAAGAAGCCGCUAACAGGGAAAAAGCCUUAAAAGCUGAAGAGCAGCGAAGAAAAGCGGCCGAGGUUUUAUGGCAGCAAUUUUUUCGUCUAUUUUAAGA